GUUUUUACACUAAAAGGUGUAGAUUUUAUUAUUUCAUAAGGUGGACAUACUGCACCGCAGUCGAUAGAUAUAUCGUCAACUUCACGACUAUGAUUCGUAAUUGCUGCGGUGUCAGUUUUUUGAAGAGGAUCUUUUAAUUUACAUCACAGAACGGUAUGUGCGCGGUAUAUGCUGUCAUACGACUUUUCUUAAAAUCGUCUGCCUCGUAACGUUUGUUUUCACUGACAAGGAAUCAUGUCGAAAAUGAAAAACAUUCCAAAUAACUUAACCAAGUGGGAUCUGUCAGAAGAUUCUCUGGCACCGUUAACCGAUUAUCAAAAAGAAUGUUUACUGAAUUUGGAAGAAGAAUUGUUCCCUGAUAACAAUCUCAAGACUGAGGAGGCAAACGACAUUGCAUGCACAAACAAAGAAACUAUGAAAUCAGUACAAAUAGGACGAUGUCAAGAUCUGUUAAAGCAUUACGCCACUCUAGAGAAGAAGUGUAUGGACAGGAAAGAUAUGAAGUAUAUGUUAUAUCUAAAUGAACUUCAAACCCGGCGGCAAGAAUGUCAAGAACUCUGUCUUCAAAUAGAAGAAGCUUUAGAAGAUUUCACUAUGUUAUAUAAGCAGUAUUCAGAAGUCUCUGAUAAAACAGUAUCUCUUUAUGAUGCUAGCGAGCAGCUUGAUUCUGAUCAAAGGAAAUUAAAUUCUAUCAUAGAGAACAUCACGGAAUAUGUGAAAUAUUUCAAGGAUAUCGAUAUGAUGAUGGAAAAAUUAGAAGCACCUACAUUAUCAGUGAACAGCGAGAUGUUUUUUAACAUUUUGGAUAAAAUUGAUACCAACAUAGACUUUGUUCAGAAUAAUCUUUCAUUUAAAGAGAGCAAUACCUAUUUGAUCAAAUACAAGCACUGUCAGUCUAAAGCAAUAUCUAUGAUACAAAAUUAUAUUUUUAAUCUAUUUAGCAAGACUACGGAAAGUAUAUUGAAUUUAAAAGAUAACGAUGAAUCACAGGAUAAUGCUGAUGCUGCUUUAGCACUUUUCUAUGGUAGAUUUCAAACUAUUUUGUCAAAAGCUAGACCAGUUAUAGAACAAAUUGAGGUUAAAUCUUAUAAAAGGCAAGAAUAUGAUAGUUUAUUAUCUGAAUGCCAUCAGUGUUAUUGGAGCCAAAGAGGACUUGUAUUAGGUAGUAGUGUACAAAAAUCUUUAAUGUCAGUGAAAGAAAAAUACAAUGGUGAUCACUGUAGUCUGGUACGAAAUUCAUGUGCACUACUGUUACAUGCAUCGAUGGAUGAAUAUAAGUUAUUUUAUGAAUUCUUUUCUAAAUCAUCUAAUGGAUUAACGGCAUAUCUUGAAAGUUUAUGUACUUCUCUGUAUGAUACACUCAGACCGUUCAUAAUUCAUAUUAAUCAUUUGGAAACAUUAGCCGAAAUUUGUUGCAUUUUGAGGAUUGAAAUGCUGGAUGAACAUGUUCAAAACAAUUUUGAACCCUUAGAGGGAUUUGGUAACAUUUGUCUGCAGUUAUUACAUGAUGUACAAGAAAGACUCGUAUUCCGUGCACAUCUUUAUCUGCAGUCUGAUGUUUUGAAUUAUAAUCCGUCACCAGGUGACUUGGCGUAUCCAGAAAAAUUGAAGAUGAUGGAAGAUAUAGCAGAGUCAAUAAGAGAGGAAUCUAGACAAACAAAAAUGAAAAGGAUAUCUAUUUCAUCUAAUGAUGAUAAUAUUUUAGAACCGAUAUCCAGAAAUCAUAUAGAAAUGGAUUCUAUCUAUCAAAAGACACAUAUGGGAAAUUCACCAGCAGAUCUUCAUGGAAUGUGGUAUCCUACUGUUCGUAGAACAUUAGUGUGUUUAUCAAGAUUAUACAGAUGCGUAGAUAGAUCUGUCUUCCAGUCUUUGAGUCAGGAAGCAAUAUCUCUUUGUGUCCAAAGUAUAGAAAAUGCGAAGCAAGAAAUAGAAAAAAGAGCAUCACCUUUGGAUGGAGAACUUUUUCAAAUAAAACACUUACUCAUUUUAAGAGAACAAAUUGCACCAUUUCAAGUGGAUUUCACAAUAAAAGAAUAUAGUUUGGAUUUUUCGAAAGUUAAGACAGCAGCAUUUAGUUUAUUAGAAAAGAGUUCAAGACUUUUUACAUUGUCAAAUAAUGCGCUAUUAGAAUUUCUAUUAGAAGGAGCACCUCAAAUGAAGGAGCAACUAAUAGAUUCAAGGAAGCAUGUGGAUAAUAAAUUAAAAUAUGCUUGUCAACGUCUUAUACAGCUUGCGACAUUUUUAUUGAUACAUCCAAUUUUAAAACUGUUAGAAAAAGAGAAAUUACAUGUUAAUAUCCCAGAUGCAUCUCCAGAACAUGCUCUUGGAAAUCCUCAAGAUGUUGCAGCAGCAAUUAGUGAAGUAUUGCGAAUAAUUAAAUUUAAAUGUCCUGAAAUUCAACAACUUAUGCAACUAUAUCUCUCCAAUAAGGAAACAGAAUUCAUUCUGUUUAGACCAGUAAAAAAUAAUGUUUGUGCUGCAUUUACACAGUUAUAUCAGAUAUUGGGUAAAUAUUAUAAUUCAGAAGAACUUUUAUUAAUUGCAUGUCCGUUACCAGAACAAAUUUCUGUUAUGCUGAGCUCAUCCAGUCUUACUCAUGGAAAAAGUACACAAACUGUUACGAAAAAAACAUAGCAAAAAUGAAUUAGUAAGCUUUUGUAAUUAAAUAUUGUAUAUUAAUGCUAUUUGCGACCUGUAAUCAAAUCAUGAAUUCUUUUAAAUAUUUCUUUUUAAAAUAGAUAUAUUAAUAUAUAAUAAAUAUUUUAUAUUUUUAAGUAAAUUAUGUAAAAUGUGUAUAAAUAAUUCGUAAUUCAAUAUAAAGUAGCUCAGAUAUUCAAGCAAACCUACAAAGGCUACAGCAAUUUAUAACGUCCUGUACUAAAGAAUAUUUUAAUUCUUUGUAAUGUACUUUAAGAACACGUAAUUUUUAUAUUACAAAGAUGUACAUAUUUGAAAUCUUAAAUUAAGUUAAUAUCAUAAAAUUUGUACAUCCCUUUAAUCGGGGUUUAUUGUCUUAAAUAAAUUUUUAUAGAAAUUACUAUGAGUUUAAAAUUAAAAAAUCUGUAUAUUUUUGUAGCAAACAGUACUAUAACAUGUCAUAUUGCGAUAAUAUUAGGGAUUUUCCCAGUUGUAAUUGAAAAUAUGAUUAAUUAAUAAUAUAUAUAAGAUAAUGAUGUAUA